AUGCUCACCUGCCGUACCAUCGCCGACGAGACCAGGGAUCUCCCGUUAUCCCUCAACGCGGUUACCUUCUCGACAAUAUAUCGCGAGGAUUGGCGAAGUCUAGCUGGCUGCUUCAAUGUUGUUACCACGUACUAUCGCCACUUGCAGGCUGACUUGGUCCUUCAUUUAGCGGAGGUCAUGACUACCGAGAUGUAUGGACAGUUCGCUCUGAAGUAUCCCGAAGUUGCGAGCCAACUCGAGGCCCUGUCGAGAGAUCAUCGGCUUCGUUAUUUUGAUGAGAAUAGUACCAAUCUCAGCCAAGUGAUGGCUAUCGAAUCUGCAUCUGGUGCUAAGCGAGCACGCAUCGAACACUGGAGGGGCCGUCACUGCUGUGUCGUGGUUCAAGACAUCCUUGCUCACGUCAAUGCGGCUCUAAAGUGGUCAGAUAUCGGUUAUAGUAGCUUCGCAAGCAUUCAUCGUGACCGGAAUAACAGGGGCCAUCCAUCGAACACCUGGUUCGGCGUAGAAUCGGAGGUUCAAGAUGCUCUGUCUUAUUGCUUACGGCUGAUUGCAGACAAAAGGCCGGCCCAGUUCGCGACUCACCUUCGCGCCAUCUUUCCGCGCUGGACUGGACCAGACAUAGUCCAAGACUUCUUAAAUCUUCGGUUCGAUAACUGGGCUAUUCCAUCCGAGAGGGAGGUGAAGAAUGCUAUUAGACUCUUGGAUAUUGCUGGGAUUUGGGAGUUUCCAGACAAGUGGCAUUACCCCCGCCCUCCCCCGGCUGUAGACGGCUUGGGGGAAUACCCUGGCGACGAGUUCGAUAGCGAUUAUGUCAGUGACGAUGACCAGCAGGAUGACCAGGACGAUGAAGACGAUGAAGACGAUGAAGACGAUAAAGACGAUGAAGGCGAUGAAGGCGAUAAAGGCGACAUGCAGGUUCCCUCUGGUCUUCAUUGCCGAGAAAAGAUUCGAUUCUCAGCCGCCGCUAGUGCCAUCCGUUUCCUAAAACGCAUUCCCGGUCAGCGCAUUAGGUUAAAGCAUCUCGUAUUGCACAAAGACUUUAAUUCAGUGAACGAUCCGCACACCCACGCCCGCGGCCUCGCUGCUUUCGUCAAAGAAAACCCGUCGCUAAAGAUUCUCCGUCGUGUCAGCAUGCUGGAUUGCAUCAUAGGAGUCUCGCAUUCGCCUAACUUUCUGGUAGAGCUUUUGCAACGUGGUGAGAGAAUAACAGUGGCACCGUUAUUUUCCCUUUCUCGCGAUAUUAGCUACUGGAUUAAGGACGCGCUCGUCGUGGAAGAUGUAGGAUUCCCCGUCAACUCUCUCACGCUUCAUCUCGAGGCAGGCUCACACCAGGACUUCUGUACAGACCUCCUCCAGCGAAUCGUCCAUCGAGAUGUCGCAUGGUGUCGAUCAUACAACCUGAGGCUUGCGCGCGGGACAUUCAUUCAUGACGAAAGGAGCAGUAGCGACAUUCUCAUGAUGAUAAUGCAUGGCGAAGACCUGGAAGCUAUUGAUGAGCUAGUGAACCAGACCUCUGGCGUCUUGUCUGCCGACUUCAAUACUGGCGUCGCGUUAGAUGCGCAGGCCUUGGCAAGACAGACCAAGCACAUCCACGGCUCCAACUGGAUCUCGCGAUGGCGUCUACGACUACGAGAUGGCUCACUCUCACUCGCCGAAGAAAUGCCCCCAGAGCAGAAUUAUGACAGGUUGGAUGAUAUUUUCGAGUUUCAGACUGAUAAGGGGAAUGCUGUAAUCAAUCUGCAAUCCUGUAACCAAGACACUUGA